CCCUUUUAGGCAGAAAUGCUGGAAGAGUUUUCCCAAAAGAGGGGUCCUGAGGAGGAGGCAGAAGGGAACCAGGAAGCAAAGGAGAGCAGAUGCGUGGUCCGUUUGCCCACUUCAGCUCUGCCACUGUACCCUGAAGUCUUGCCCCUUUAGACCUAGUUGUUCCCCACAUCCCUCCUACAUUCAAGACUCUCAGCCACACUCUACUUACUCAGGGGAACAGGUUUUAUGAAAUUUCUUUCUACUUUUGAUUUUUUUUUUUUAAUUAUUGGAGAAAAAAAUACUAGUUUAGUGAUGGGACUCACUCCAUGGAGUGUCAAACCAGGAUUUCCUGCAGGAUUUCUGGGGACCCCCUCCUGUGCUGGGAGGGAGUUCCUCCUUCCUCCAAUGGAGAAAUCAGGAUGUAAUUUUACAAGGGGGCAGAUAUAAAAGAUGAAACCAGACUGAAAAUACAGGGAUUUAUCUAGCCCUGGCUCUGGCCACAGCACAGCAAAGUUAACUGGGGCUAAGAGAUUUCCUGGGAGUACAGCUCUCCUUACCUAAGUCCCAAGGCCCUGCUCAGGUAUGUGCACCCCUCUUUCACCACCAAACCAGUUCCCCUACAUACAUAUUUUUAAAAGAAAUCCAAGUCUUACUUUCAAAGCACACACUUAGUCUCAACUAGGGAAUCAACAGAAGCAGAAGCGAUUUUUUUCCCCCUUCUUGACAUCUGGCUUGCGAUUGGCUGGGAGGGGGUCAGCUGACUUUGUCAUUUUGUCUGUCCUGGAUUGGAGCCGUCCCUAUAACCAUCUAGUUCCGAGUACAAACUGGAGACAGAAAUAAAUAUUAAAGAAAUCAUAGCCCGACCAGGUAAAGGCAAAGGGAUGAAUUCCUACUUCACUAACCCUUCCUUAUCCUGCCACCUCGCCGGGGGCCAGGACGUCCUCCCCAACGUCGCCCUCAAUUCCACCGCCUAUGAUCCAGUGAGGCAUUUCUCGACCUAUGGAGCAGCCGUUGCCCAGAACCGGAUCUACUCGACUCCCUUUUAUUCGCCACAGGAGAAUGUCGUGUUCAGUUCCAGCCGGGGGCCGUAUGACUAUGGAUCUAAUUCCUUUUACCAGGAGAAAGACAUGCUCUCAAACUGCAGACAAAACACCUUAGGACAUAACACACAGACCUCAAUCGCUCAGGAUUUUAGUUCUGAGCAGGGCAGGACUGCGCCCCAGGACCAGAAAGCCAGUAUCCAGAUUUACCCCUGGAUGCAGCGAAUGAAUUCGCACAGUGUGUGUUUUGUGCCCGGAUCUUUAGGGGUCGGCUACGGAGCGGACCGGAGGCGCGGCCGCCAGAUCUACUCGCGGUACCAGACCCUGGAACUGGAGAAGGAAUUUCACUUCAAUCGCUACCUAACGCGGCGCCGGCGCAUCGAGAUCGCCAACGCGCUUUGCCUGACCGAGCGACAGAUCAAAAUCUGGUUCCAGAACCGCCGGAUGAAAUGGAAAAAAGAAUCCAAUCUCACGUCCACUCUCUCGGGGGGCGGCGGAGGGGCCACCGCCGACAGCCUGGGCGGAAAAGAGGAAAAGCGAGAAGAAACAGAAGAGGAGAAGCAGAAAGAGUGACUAGGACUGUCCCUGCCACCCCUCUCUCCCUUUCUCCCUCGCUCCCCCCCAACUCUCCCCUAAUCACACACUCUGUAUUUAUCACUGGCACAAUUGAUGUGUUUUGAUUCCCUAAAACAAAAUUAGGGAGCCAAACGUGGACCUGAAAGUCAGCUCUGGACCCCCUCCCUCACCGCACAACUCUCUUUCGCCACGCGCCUCCUCCUCCUCGCUCCCUUGCUAGCUCCUUCGCGGCUUGUCUGCAGGCCCCUUUCCCCGUCCAGGCCUUGGGGGCUCGGAUCCUGAACUCAGACUCUACAGAUUGCCCUCCAAGUGAGGACUUGGCUCCCCCAACUCCCUCGACGCCCCCACCCCCGCACCCCGUGCAGAGGGCCGGCACCCGGGCCUGGGGCCUCUGCUUCGGGCCUCAGGGCCCGGCUUGGCAGCCGGGGAGGGCCAGAGGCCCAAGGAGGGCGCGCCUUGGCUCCACACCAACCCCCAGGGCCUCCCCACAGUCCCUGCCCAGCCCCUCUGCCCCAGCAAAUGCCCAGCCCAGCCAAAUUGUAUUUAAAGAAUCCUGGGGGUCAUUAUGGCAUUUUACAAACUGUGACCGUUUCUGUGUGAAUAUUUUUAGCUGUAUUUGUGGUCUCUGUAUUUAUAUUUAUGUUUAGCACCGUCAGUGUUCCUAUUCCAUUUCAAAAAGGAAAAAAGAGGGAAAAUUACAAAAAGAGAGAAAAAAAGUGAAUGACGUUUGUUUAGCCAGUAGGAUAAAAUAAAUAAAUAAAUAAAUCCCCUCGUGUUACCCUCCUGUAUAAAUCCAACCUCUGGGUCCGUUCUCGAAUAUUUAAUAAAACUGAUACUAUUUUUAAAA